AUGGCGGCCGCAGUCCCUGCUCCCUUCUCAGAUCCUAUCUGGAUCUCGCGCGGUGCGAGCCCGUACUACAACGAGAGCCAUCGCCGGUUGCAGAAAGAAGCCAGGGAAUACGUCGAUACAUACAUCAGUCCGUUCUGCGAGCAGUGGGAGCGCGAGGGCCAUGUCCCUGCCGAAGCAAUCAAACGACAUUCCGAUCUGGGAUAUAUGGCUGUAUCGGUCUACCCCCUCGCCACUGAGUUCCUGGCAGACACCCGUCUCCCCGGCGGCAUCAAGGCGACCGAGUGGGAUGGCUUCCACGAUCUGAUUGUCAUCGACGAGAUCGCGCGCUGUGGAUAUCUAGGCGUGAUUUGGGCUUUGACAUGCGGUAAUUCGAUCGGCGCGCCGCCGUUGAUCAACUUUGGCACGCCAGAGCAGAAGAAGAAAUUUGUCCCAGCAAUUCUCAGUGGAACAUCGAGAUUCUGCCUUGGCGUCACAGAGCCUGAUGCUGGAUCCGACGUCGCCGGGCUCACCACAACCGCCGAGCGCCGCGGCGACGUGUACAUCGUCAACGGUGCGAAGAAAUGGAUCACAAACGGCAUAUUCGCCGACUACACGACUGCAGCUGUUCGUACUGGCGGCGACGGCAGAAAGGGCGUGUCUGCGCUGAUAAUUCCACUCAAUGCGAAGGGCGUUACGCGCCGGAAGAUUGAGAAUUCCGGCGUUAGUGCGAGUGGCUCUACGUAUCUCGAGUUCGACGAUGUCGAGGUCCCUGUUGGGAAUCUGCUGGGUCGGGAGAACCACGGGUUUGAAAUUAUCAUGUCAAACUUCAAUCAUGAGCGCCUAUGGCUCGCCUGCACCAGUCUGCGCAUGGCGCGCGUUUGUGCCGAAGACGCCUACAACUACGCCUCGACCCGCGAGACCUUUGGCAAAAAGCUCAUCACCAACCAAGCUAUCCGGCAUAAGAUUAGCUCGAUCGGACGCACGCUCGACUCCGCGUACGCGCUGAUGGAGCAGUUGGUCUACAUCAUCGAGGAAUCCAAGAAAAAUGGCACCGACGCGCAUAUUGGCGGGUUGAUCGCGAAUUUGAAGGUCCUUGCCGGAAGGACCCUGGAGCAUGUCAAUCGCGAGUCGCAGCAGAUUUUGGGUGGUGCUGGGUAUUCGAGGACCGGGCGGGGCGCGAGGAUUGAGCAGAUUAGUCGCGAUGUUAGAGUUAUGGUUGUUGGUGGUGGGAGUGAGGAGAUUUUGACGGAUUUGGCUGUGAGUCAGGAAGAGAAGGCCGUGAGAACGCUGGCGAGGAGUGAGAAGCUGUAA